AUCCCCUCCCCCCCCCUCUCCCGCUCCUCAUGUCCCUCCGCGGCCUCGUGUCUCAGUGGCUGUGGUUGUGCGGUUGAGAGGCGCCUCUCUCUCUCUCCCUCCAGUUUCGCGUCGAAUUCUCUCUCUCUCUCUCUCUUUCUCUCUCGUUCGGUGCCGCAUUAUCACUCUCUCGUUCAGUUGGGGUUGCGAUCUCUUCCAACUCACCCCCUCUCACCCCCUCACCCCUCCCUCCCGAUCCCCCCCGAAGAGAGCCACAGCAAUGGGUGCCUACCUGUCGCAGCCCAACACGGUGAAGAACUCGAGCGAGCAAUGCACCGAGCAGCUCAGCUUCGGGGUCUCGGCCAUGCAGGGCUGGAGGGUGUCCAUGGAGGAUGCCCACAACUGUAUCCCUGAAUUGGAUAGCGAAACGUCCAUGUUUGCAGUUUAUGAUGGACAUGGAGGUGAAGAGGUGGCACUAUACUGUGCAAAAUACCUGCCUGAAGUUAUCAAGGCACAGCAAGCAUAUAAGAACGGAAAAUUGCAGAAGGCUCUGGAGGAAGCGUUCCUGGCCAUCGAUAGCAAACUCACAGAGGAGAUAGUCAUCAAAGAACUGGCCCAGAUUGCCGGCCGCCCUCAAGAGGAAGACGGUGAGAAAGUGGCUGAUGAAGAUGACGUUGACAAUGAAGAAGCUGCACUUUUACAUGAAGAGGCCACAAUGACCAUUGAGGAGCUGCUCACCCGAUACGGACAGAACCUGAACAGUGAGAAGCUGCACGCCAAGUGCAAGCCUGCCUCCGCCCUGAAGAAACCUCUUCCCAAAGGCACAGAGCGGAACAAAACUGAAAAGGACGUGAAUGGCGAGGUGGAGAGUGCCGAAGCGAGCUCACACAAGCCUGAGAGCAAAAACGGGAAAUCAGAGGAGGCGGCUGGCAUCUCCUCCAGCUCGGAUUGUGGACGUGCGGACGCUUCAGCGGGAGGUGGUGGGAGCAGCAGCAUCGCUGAGUCUGCUUCGGGGAAAGAGCCAGCCAAACACAAGAGCGCCUCGGAGGAAGCCGUUGUGUCUUCAUCCACAGCGGAUGCCGGACCCUCGUGUUCCUCCUCCGCCAAGUCACAGCGAGCGGCCAAAUCCAUGUUCUUUGAAGACAGUGAGGAUGAAUCUGAAGAGGCGGAGGAGGAAGAGGAGGAGGACAGUGAAGAGGCGGGCAGUGGUGAAGAGGAGUACAGCACUGAUGGCGAAGAGGAGGAGGAGGAAGAGGAGGCGGAGGAUGAGCAAGAGGAAGACAGUGAUGACGCAGAGGAAGAGGAUGAGAUUAUGUUACCUGGAAUGGACGGUAAAGAAGAGCCUGGCUCUGACAGUGGUACCACAGCCGUGGUGGCCCUUAUCCGGGGGAAGCAGCUGAUCGUGGCCAAUGCCGGAGAUUCCCGCUGUGUAGUUUCGGAGCACGGCAAAGCCAUCGACAUGUCGUAUGACCACAAACCGGAAGAUGAAGUGGAACUGGCGAGGAUCAAGAACGCCGGCGGGAAAGUUACCUUGGACGGCAGAGUCAAUGGAGGACUCAACCUCUCGCGGGCAAUAGGGGAUCACUUCUACAAGAGAAAUAAGACCCUUCCUGCGGAAGAGCAGAUGAUCUCUGCGCUGCCUGAUCUCAAAGUGCUGUCCUUAAACAACGACCAUGAGUUCAUGGUGAUUGCAUGCGACGGUAUAUGGAAUGUCAUGAGUAGCCAAGAGGUGGUUGACUUCAUUAGUGAACGGAUCAACAAGAAGGAUGAGAAUGGAGACCUGCGGUCACUUCCUUCCAUAUCUGAAGAGCUCCUGGACCAGUGCUUGGCCCCAGAUACGUCUGGUGAUGGAACUGGCUGUGACAACAUGACGUGCAUUAUCAUCACUUUUAAACCACGGGCCACCAAGAGCCGGCCCGACUCCCACAAACGGAAACAGCCCGACUCGACAGAGGAGACCGACAACGGGAAGAGAACAAAGACUGAAUGAUGAACCGCACGGGGUGGGGGUAGGGAGAGAGAUAGAGGAAUCCGCUGGAGCUCCACAAUGGGGUGUAAUUAAUGAACUCUGUUUUUUUUAGAAAAAAGCAACAAAAAUGCUGAAAAUUGUAUAAAAAAAAUAAAUCUGAAGUAUUGUACAACGUAGCCUUUAAGCUUGAGGCUCUAGGUUACUGUGUGUGUGUGUAUGUGUGUGAGUGAGACGCACCACUGACGGCAGUCCUUUCCAAGAAUCCUGUUGUGAGUUCACCCCUGAAGACAACACUGAAUGUUUUGGUGGUGGGUUUGGGAGGGGAAGAGGGAGGGAGGAAUCAUUCGUUGGUCGGGUGCAAAGAUCCUGUUUUUUUUGUUGUCAUAGGUUUUGAAACAGAAAGUGCUUUUGAUUCACUCAGCAAAACUGGAAACUGCUGAAGACAGUCAUGGGGGGCCUUUUGCUCAUUUGUUUGGGGGGGGAUUCGGGUGGGUGGGUUGGAGGGGAGGAAAGAGUUUCAUUCACUCCGAACGGUUUAACAGUGAGCUGUUUAUAACACAGUGCCAUUUGUCUGUGCUUGAAGGUGGGAGAACCAUAUUUGCAAUGCUUGUUACUGUCUUGUGCUUGUGUUGGGGGGGAGGGCUUGGGGCGAAGAUUUGGAGGGGUGUAUUUUCUCUUCCCCCACCUUGUCUCCAAUGUGUUUGACUUUAUUUUAAAACCAGGGAGCGUUAAAACCAUUUUUGGAGGAAUGUGAAUUUGUAAA